AUGCUUAGCGGAAAUAUUGCUGAGCAAAAUCUCCAUCUUUUUAAACGAGAUAUCAAUGAACCUUGCAAGGAUAACCUAAUUGUUAGGUACAAUCCCGGGGGUAGCUUAAAGGGGGAAGGUUGUUAUUAUGCAAGUUAUAUUGACAAAACAUUCAAUGGUCUCUCCUCCCUCAAUAAUCUAUCCACUAUAACAUUUGCCGAUCCUUACACCGACCAAGGCGUAAUGGAUAAUGGGUACUGCAUUAAGCACUGUGCCGAUUAUCUGUUUAGUUUUGCUGCCAUUGGAAAUGGUUUGUUAUGCAAAUGCAGUAAUGAUGCUACUUUCCCAGCCUAUAAAAUUACUAACGAGACGCUAAGCGAUGAAACCUGCAACGAUAGUUGUACUUUUCCGGUCUCAAUCAAUAGUAAUUCUACUUACCAAUGUGGUGGAAAAAAUGCUUAUACAAUUUAUGAGGCCAAAUACGACAAGAAGCCCGACAUCAAUAUUAGGAAAAAGGUAGAAAUAAUCCAUGACCAGAAGAAGGAUAAUCGUUACAUUGGAUGUAUUCAUGACAAUUUCUAUUGUGGCAAAAGAGCAAUGAACGAUGAUGACAAAAUUAUUACUGAUGAAAAUUUGACGGUUGACAAAUGCAUAGAUUUGUGCCGCGAAAGAAAAUUUAAACUUGCGGGACUAGAAGCUGGUAAUCAAUGUUUUUGUAGCGACAGUUAUAUUGGUUUGGGUGGUAUUCGAGAUGAGCAUUGCAGUUCUAGUUGUGUUGGCAACAGUUCCCAAAUUUGUGGAGGUUCUUGGGCACUUAAAUUAUACUUUUAUAUGACUCAACUAAAAUAUCAUAAUUUCCUAAUGAAAAAACAAUUUUUAAUAAUUCAACUCAUAUUAAUAUGUUCAAUGCUUAGCGGAAAUAUUGCUGAGCAAAAUCUCCAUCUUUUUAAACGAGAUAUCAAUGAACCUUGCAAGGAUAACCUAAUUGUUAGGUACAAUCCCGGGGGUAGCUUAAAGGGGGAAGGUUGUUAUUAUGCAAGUUAUAUUGACAAAACAUUCAAUGGUCUCUCCUCCCUCAAUAAUCUAUCCACUAUAACAUUUGCCGAUCCUUACACCGACCAAGGCGUAAUGGAUAAUGGGUACUGCAUUAAGCACUGUGCCGAUUAUCUGUUUAGUUUUGCUGCCAUUGGAAAUGGUUUGUUAUGCAAAUGCAGUAAUGAUGCUACUUUCCCAGCCUAUAAAAUUACUAACGAGACGCUAAGCGAUGAAACCUGCAACGAUAGUUGUACUUUUCCGGUCUCAAUCAAUAGUAAUUCUACUUACCAAUGUGGUGGAAAAAAUGCUUAUACAAUUUAUGAGGCCAAAUACGACAAGAAGCCCGACAUCAAUAUUAGGAAAAAGGUAGAAAUAAUCCAUGACCAGAAGAAGGAUAAUCGUUACAUUGGAUGUAUUCAUGACAAUUUCUAUUGUGGCAAAAGAGCAAUGAACGAUGAUGACAAAAUUAUUACUGAUGAAAAUUUGACGGUUGACAAAUGCAUAGAUUUGUGCCGCGAAAGAAAAUUUAAACUUGCGGGACUAGAAGCUGGUAAUCAAUGUUUUUGUAGCGACAGUUAUAUUGGUUUGGGUGGUAUUCGAGAUGAGCAUUGCAGUUCUAGUUGUGUUGGCAACAGUGCAAUAUUUGGUAUAGUGGUAGGAUCACUAGUUUUUGUAGCGUUAGUUCUCAUAGGAUUCUAUUUCCUUCGCCGUCAUUGCUGCCAACCUUAG